AUGCGUUCCCUCUUCACGUUCAUCAUCUCCCUCAUCGCCACCCUCUUUCUUGGUACCACUACUCUCGCAGACCGUCUCUUCUUCGAUAACGAUUCCCACCUCGACCGCGUCAUCACCUUCUUCCCUGCAACCACAACAUCCGGUCAGACUUUCAAGAACCCAGGUCCGCUCUUCUGGGGAGCCGGCAGAAACGGUACUGUCGACCUUAGCAAUCUCGGUCCAGAUGGAAAUCCUUCACUGGGUUGGAGCGGAUGUGUCAAAGUUCUAUUCCCAAGUCAAGAUCCCGCCUCGCCAGUUCCUGAAGGAAAAUUCACCUUUCACGGCCAGGGAGAUUUGACUUAUUUCGAGUUGUCACUUGUAGCAGACCCAAACAAAAAUGAUGGCAUCCAUUGGAUUCACCCAGUCAAUGAUCAAAACCCUGGUCUGGCACUGGGCUGUGACCACUUUCCCUGUGAUGGGAUUUAUUCCAAGCCCGGCUCGGUCCAGACCAAGUCGACCUUGGAUACAGAUUUUCAGAUUAUUAUUAAGGAGUGA